AUAACCAUCGAUCAAUGUGUCUUCGGCUUCUUAAUUAACAGGUCCGCAGCUGGGUUUGGGCCUGUAGGGGAGUAUCUGUUUGUGGUGGACUUGUCAUCUAUGAGGUUGUGUUCCUACGCACCAGGUCAUGUAAGUAUUAUGGGUUGGUUCCAGGAUAAGGUCCCUGCUCCAGGCCGCAUCCUUGGCACAGGUGUGCCCAUGUGUCCACGAUCAGCACUGAAUCGUAUUGUCAACACCGCCAAAUCUUACAAUGCCGCGUUCCUUGUUGGAUUUGAGACUGAAUUCAUUCUCCUCAAAAGCACCAACCCGAUCAAGGUGAUCAAUCCACACAGAUGGAACCACACGCGAGCGUUACCUUCCGGGACCAAGGAGACAGAAGUUCUUGAGGAGAUUGCACAUGGACUCAUCAGGAGCGGAAUCGAACUGACAAUGUAUCAUUCUGAAGCAGUGCCGGGGCAGUACGAGACCGUGACGGGUCCACUCCCACCUCUUGAAGCUGCUGAUGCGCUCGUGCACACACGGGAGACGAUCACCAACGUCGCAAGAAAACACGGGUUUCAUGCGACGUUUGCACCAAGGUCAUAUAUGGACACCUGUGGCAGUGCAGCUCACACUCACAUCUCCGUGCAUCCUAUCAAUUCCGAGCAUCCAUCC